UAGAUGUAGAGCCAACGUCUCAAAAUGAAGUUCACACCUCAGCCAACUGUGAGACGGAGUCCUCCAUCCUGCCUGGGGCUGUCUCGUUCAUUCUAGACCCUAUCUGAAGACCCGAUCACCUCUCAUCCUCCUCGAAGGCUGCUGUCGCAACUUGCCAGCCCGCCACUUGUUGACCAUGGCUUCUGUACUCUCCUCUCCGGUCGUCGACACGAUCGUUUCCGCAGCCCGUCUAGUCCUCUCCCCCCUCUUCACCGGGCCAAUUCUCCUGUCCCUGACAUACCGCCCUGACACGGUGCGGCAUGUUCUCGGCAUCGUCGCGGAACACCUCCCGCAGUGGGCUGCGGCAUCCCUCUCGUCACUGCCGCACCCUCCAGCCAUCACCGUCCUUCGCGUCCUCGUUGCCCUGGGGCUCCUGCGCACGGCGAACCGGGCGCUCAACACCAUGGCGCACAACUCGUGGCGCCUGACCGCGGCCCCGGGCUGGGACUGGCCCAACGAGAUCGCCGUCGUCACCGGCGGCUCGAGCGGCAUCGGCAAGGGCAUCGUCGAGCGGCUGGCCGCCCUCGGCGUGCGCGUCGCCGUGCUGGACAUCCAGGACCUGCCCAAAGACCUGCAGGGCAACGCCCGGGUGCGCUUCUUCCGCUGCGACGUGACGUCGUCCGAGUCGGUGGCGGCGGCGGCCGACGCGGUGCGCCGCGAGCUCGGGCACGCGAGCAUCCUGGUCAACAACGCGGGCAUCGCGCGCACGGCGCCGAUCCUGCAGGCGGACGAGGCGUUCCUGCGGCGCAUCCUCGGCGUCAACCUGAUGUCCAUGUGGUUCACCACGCAGCAGUUCGUGCCGCACAUGGUGCAGCGCGGCAAGGGCCACGUGGUGACGCUGGCCAGCAUCGCCUCCUUCGUCGCGCUCGCCACCGCCGCCGACUACUCCGCCACCAAGGCCGGCGCGCUCGCCUUCCACGAGGCCCUCGCGUCCGAGCUGAAGCACCAGCACAAGGCGCCGCACGUGCUGACGACGGUGGUGCACCCCAACUUUGUCCGGACGCCGCUCGUCCAGAGCUUCGAGGGCCGGCUGCAGCGCGCGGGCGUGCGCAUGCUGACCAGCGACCGGGUGGCGGACGAGGUGGUGGCGCAGAUCAAGAGCCGGCGCGGCGGCCAGCUGGUGAUUCCGAGCUCGGCCACGGGCCUGUCGGGCAUCCGCGGCUGGCCGACCUGGCUGCAGGAGUUCGUGCGCGACCGGGUUGCCUCGGGCGCGGUGAAGCCGUAGGGUGGAAGCAAGAGAGCAUCUGUAGGGUAGGAUAGCUGGCUGGAGAUGCGAUUCAGGGGCUUCCCAACUUGAUCAAGUGUAUAAUCAACGAUUUAGAGCAUGCGCGAAUCAAAAAUGGCGUUCUCGAUACUUCGCGAAUAGCUACCGCCGAGAUGCCUAAUUUUCCCCUGACUUGGUUCGGACUGUGUUGCUGCUCGGCAGGGACAAUUACCCGCCGUUGACUUACACGUG